GCAUGCAAUCAAAAUAGAAUCAUUGAGACAGUGCAUUACUGAGCUUGAGGUUGAGAAAGCCGAACUUGAGGCCAAGAAUUCUGAAAUCCCUGAACUUAGAAAGAAGCUUGCCGAAUUUGAAGCCAGGGUUGUCGAGAUUCACGAACUUAGAAAAAAGGUUGCCGAUGUCAAGGCUAGAAAUGCGGAACUUAUAAAGCAGAUGAUGGAAGAGAAUAACAGACGUGACGCCAGAAUUGAGGUUCUAGAGAAAAAUAAGACAGAUACUACUAAUAGAGUUCCUACAUUGGAACAUAAGCAUUCGCAAAAUGAUAUUACUAAUAACAACUCUUCUAAUUUCAAUUCCGGUGCAGACCAUCAUGAAAAAUCAUCACAGAGUCAUGUGAUUUCUGAAAAUUCGGAAAGUCAUGAGGAAACUGUAACAAAAAAUUUGUUACGAUCAGACCAUGUACACACAAAUACCUCUGAAGUAUCAGAGUUGAAGCAUGAUGACGAAAUUGAUGUGGUUGAUACAAGUCAUGAUCCAGAAUCAAUGCGAAGUAACUUUCCAAAGUGA